AUGUUCAGCGGCGGCCCCAGAACUGAUAAUCAGUUUUAUAUCAUGCUUGCGUGUGGUUCGAUAGCCGCUAUUUCUCUAUUUGUCGGUACAAUUUACUUCGGUAAUAUGAUGUUCGGCCCUCCAGAGCCCCCUAUGGACGAAGACACCUCAGCGCCCUAUAUCGAAGGAGACCCUCCAGUGCCCCAUCCGUAUCGGCGUAGCAUUCUGGACACGAUCAUCCCCCCUGUUCCUACAAUUUCAACAUUCAAGAAUGGCGCUCAAGGACGAAGAACUAAGUUCAUAGGGUAG